GGCUCCGGGCAAUUUAGAGUCGCGCGCCGGGCGGGAAUGUAAGAUGGCGGAGUAGCGACGCGAAGUGCUUAGUACUGAGUCUCCGGGCCGACUCAAUUCGGAUCUAGGCGGCAGCAGCAGGGAUCACUCAACAAAGAGAGCCUAGGGUAGUUGGCCAAAAUGCCGAAUAUCAAAAUCUUCAGCGGCAGCUCCCACCAGGACCUAUCCCAGAAAAUUGCCGACCGCCUCGGCCUGGAACUGGGCAAGGUGGUGACUAAGAAAUUCAGCAACCAGGAGACUUGUGUGGAAAUUGGCGAAAGUGUGCGUGGAGAGGAUGUCUACAUUGUUCAGAGUGGCUGUGGCGAAAUCAAUGACAAUCUCAUGGAACUUUUGAUCAUGAUUAAUGCCUGCAAGAUUGCUUCAGCCAGUCGGGUUACUGCAGUCAUCCCAUGCUUCCCUUAUGCCCGGCAAGAUAAGAAGGAUAAGAGCCGGGCUCCAAUCUCAGCCAAGCUUGUUGCAAAUAUGCUCUCAGUAGCAGGUGCAGAUCACAUUAUCACGAUGGACCUGCAUGCUUCUCAAAUUCAGGGCUUUUUUGAUAUCCCAGUGGAUAAUUUGUAUGCAGAGCCAGCUGUCCUCAAGUGGAUAAGAGAGAACAUCUCUGAGUGGAGGAACUGCACCAUUGUCUCACCCGAUGCUGGAGGAGCUAAGAGAGUGACUUCCAUCGCAGACCGGCUGAAUGUGGACUUCGCCUUGAUUCACAAAGAACGGAAGAAGGCCAAUGAAGUUGACCGCAUGGUGCUGGUGGGGGAUGUGAAGGACCGGGUGGCCAUCCUUGUGGAUGACAUGGCUGACACUUGUGGGACAAUCUGCCAUGCAGCUGACAAACUCCUCUCAGCUGGAGCCACCAGAGUUUACGCAAUCCUGACUCACGGAAUCUUUUCGGGCCCAGCCAUUUCUCGCAUUAACAAUGCGUGUUUUGAAGCCGUAGUCGUCACCAAUACCAUACCUCAGGAGGAUAAGAUGAAGCAUUGCUCCAAAAUACAGGUGAUCGACAUCUCCAUGAUCCUUGCAGAAGCCAUCAGGAGAACUCACAAUGGGGAAUCUGUCUCCUACCUGUUCAGCCAUGUCCCUUUAUAAUAGAAUAACUUCUGAGGCAUGGAAAAAAUAAAGUGAGCCCCGCCCGUUAUCUUCCCUUGGUAUUUGAUGAAAACCCCAGCAGAAGACCCAGCUUGUUGCAGUGUAGCUUUCUACAUCCCAUGUUGGGUAUAGGAGCGUUUCUCCUAAAUUACAGAACUUUUGAGAUUAACUGCUGGGAUCUCCUACCUGUAUUGUCUUGUCCCAGCUUCUCUGCUCUUGUGAGCCUCCUAGCUUUAACUGCAGACAGCUCAGCUGCAGACACAAGUGCAGACUUUGGAAAGCGUUGUGUAGGGUGUCUGAAUGUCUCUGGGGAAGCUCAGACUACUUUGCAUGUGAAGGCUUCAGUCCCCACCCCACCCCCACCCCCGCCAGACCCCUCCACACAACGUGUGACAAGUUCUCUAAAGUCUCUACUAAACUACAGCAAGAGCCAGGCAGCCCCAACCUAGCUCUGGUCCCUGAGCCCCUGUAGGUAAGGCUAGAGCAGCUCUAGGGCGGGAGCCUGAAGGAAGGCCACCCACCGUGCAGCAAAUGCUUCUUGGGAGGAAAAAGCCUGAUGCUUCACCCUGUGCUUGGAUUCUGUCGCUUGGGUCCUGCUUUGUCCCCAUUCCUUUCCAUUCGGCCUGACCUUCUUUUCCUGACCAAAUGUCCUCUUGGUCCCAAAUGAUCGUUGUGCCAUAGUCUUCUGGAAGGCUUUCCUGCUCUAGAACCUGUAGCAUUUCCAUGAGAUUAUUUCGCUGUAGCUUAAUCUUCCUUUGCCCACGGCCACCGUGGUAGUGGGGGUUAGGUGGUGGUAUAGUGCCUUUUGAUUAAUUUAACUAUUUACCGAUCAUCUUCCUUCUCUUGGAUCUGUUUGGCCUCUCCAAUGACCUGAGAUUUCUGUUAAAAGGUUGAUGUUACUGUCUCCUGUAGAAGAAACUAAUAAAGUGUCCGUGUGAACGUG